CCCGGGCGGGGACCGCUCCUAAACAGCCUAGCGUGCCGGAAGCUGCGGUAAACGGGGCCUAACGAUCGCGGAGGUCGAGCUCAGCUUCCCGCGCGCUCACGUGACCCUUCGAUUGUCACGCGGGCGCCGCUCACCUGACCGGGGUCUCACGUGGGCUCAGCCUGCAUUGAGGGCGCUGGCCGGUGGGCCAUGGCAGGCUGCAGGCUCUGGGUUUCGCUGCUGCUGGCGGCGGCGUUGGCUUGCUUGGCCACGGCGGUGUGGCCUUGGCCCCAGUACAUCCAAACCUACCACCGGCGCUACACCCUGUACCCCAACAACUUCCAGUUCCGGUACCAUGCCGGUUCGGCCGCGCAGGCGGGCUGCGUCGUCCUCGACGAGGCCUUUCGACGCUACCGUAACCUGCUCUUCGGUUCCGGCUCUUGGCCCCGACCCAGGUUCUCAAGAAAACAGCAGACUUUGGGGAAGAACGUUCUGGUUGUCUCCGUCGUCACGGCUGAAUGUAACGAGUUUCCUAACUUGGAGUCGGUAGAAAACUACACCCUAACCAUAAAUGAUGACCAGUGUCUACUCGCCUCUGAGACUGUCUGGGGCGCACUCCGAGGUCUGGAGACUUUCAGUCAGCUUGUUUGGAAAUCAGCUGAGGGAACAUUCUUUAUCAACAAGACGAAGGUUAAAGAUUUUCCCCGCUUUCCUCACCGGGGCGUACUGCUGGAUACAUCUCGCCAUUACCUGCCAUUGUCUAGCAUCCUGGACACACUGGACGUCAUGGCAUACAAUAAAUUCAACGUGUUCCACUGGCACCUGGUAGACGACUCUUCCUUCCCAUAUGAGAGCUUCACUUUCCCGGUGCUCACCAGAAAGGGGUCCUACAACCCUGUCACCCACAUCUAUACAUCACAGGAUGUGAAGGAGGUCAUUGAAUAUGCACGGCUUCGUGGUAUCCGUGUGCUGGCAGAAUUUGACACUCCUGGUCACACUUUGUCCUGGGGGCCAGGUGUCCCUGGGUUAUUAACUCCUUGCUACUCUGGAUCCCAUCCCUCUGGCACCUUUGGACCCGUGAACCCCAGUCUCAACAGUACUUAUGACUUCAUGAGCACAUUCUUCUUGGAGAUCAGCUCUGUCUUCCCGGACUUUUAUCUUCACCUGGGAGGAGAUGAAGUAGACUUCACCUGCUGGAGAUCCAACCCCAAUAUCCAGGCCUUCAUGAAGAAAAAGGGCUUUACUGACUUCAAGCAGCUGGAGUCCUUCUACAUCCAGACGCUGCUGGACAUCGUCUCUGAUUAUGACAAGGGCUAUGUGGUGUGGCAGGAAGUGUUUGAUAAUAAAGUGAAGGUUCGACCAGACACAAUCAUACAGGUAUGGCGGGAAGAGGUACCAGUAGACUACAUGAAGGAGAUGGAACAGAUCACUAAGGCUGGCUUCCGGGCCCUGCUGUCUGCUCCCUGGUACCUGAACCGUGUAACAUAUGGCCCUGACUGGAAAGACAUGUACAAAGUGGAGCCCCUGGCAUUUCAUGGUACCUCUGAACAGAAGGCUCUAGUUAUUGGAGGGGAGGCCUGUAUGUGGGGAGAGUAUGUGGACAGCACAAACCUGGUCCCCAGGCUCUGGCCAAGAGCCGGUGCUAUUGCUGAGAGACUGUGGAGCAGCAACCUGACAACUGAUAUGGACUUUGCCUUUAACCGUUUGUCGCAUUUCCGCUGUGAGCUGCUGAGGCGAGGGGUCCAAGCCCAGCCCAUCAGUAUAGGCUACUGUGAGCAGGAGUUUGAGCAGCCGUGACCAACAGCACUGAGCACCCAGGAGAAUGCUGGCCCUAAGAGAACAGUCACGGGGCCAGGCUUACACUGUCUACCGGCCAGGGGAUAGAGCCCCUUGCCCAUGUGCCCCUGUGCCCCUGUGACUAGAGAGAAGGAGGAUGGUGCUGGCACUGGUGUUCAAUAAAGAGUGAUGUGGCAUUUUCUCUAAUCAGCUUGGGUUGCUUGUGUAAAAAGCAAAAGGAUCAUGAAUGGGUCUCAGGAACAGCCAGCCUAGCCUUUUGCUUCUAGGUGAUGGAGCUACACAGGCCCGAGGGUUAGGCACAGGACUGAGCCUGGAUGGUCACACAGGUUGAAGAUGCCAUGUCACUGCCACACUUCUAUCCUCAGGUCACUUCAUUUUGUGUCACUUCCAAGGGUUCUGUAUAUGCAAGAAGAUGCUAUAGGAACUAAAAGGAAUUCCAGUCAGUGGCAAGGGCUCCAGAAACCUCUGGUGUACUCUCCUUCGGGUUUCUUGUGUUGAACAAAUACUUUGGUUCAGGCACUGUGAUAAAGUAUUGCAUUUUUCUCUUCUCUUUUUGUUUUGAGACAGAGCUUCAUGAAAGCCAGGCUAGUCUUGAACUUGGUAUGUAUAUGUUGGAACUUCUAAGCCUUCUGCCUCCCAAAUUGUGAGAUUACCAUGUGCACCACCACUCCCAGCAAGGUGCUAAGUCUAGAGGACUUGUUUCUGGAAUCCCUGAGCAAAUCCGGAGUAAUGCAGACAGCUGCUCACUCCUCCGUCCUGGUUUUCAGCCCAAAGCCUCGUGGAGUGGAUGACACAGCUGGUUGGAAAGUAAAGCCCUGGGGGCAAGUCCAUGUUCCUGGAGGAGGGUCUUUCACCUGUGUGAGCUGGUGUUCUCCGAGAGGAAUUGUCUUGCUGCAGACUCGGGCUGCCCCCUGCUGGUUGCAGUCCCUUUGCCUGGUCUGCAGGUUCCAGGUGUCCUCUUCCAGUGUACUGGAUUGAAGCUUUUGGAAGGCAGGGCUGAGAGGUAAUCUAAGCCAAACUUGGCCCUUAACGGCUAACCUUCAGUCCCUCAGUCAGGUUCUUUGGGAACCUGAUUGGCCACUAGAAUCUUCUGUCAUGCCAUGUCUAUAGAAAUGGAGUGAGCACCUUCUGCUAGAACAAAUUCUUAGGAAAUUUUCACAGUCCCACCUUGCCAAGCCUGGGGUUCUAACCUGGAGAACCAUAAGCUAAGGCUUCAGUUACACCAAAGGAACUCUUUUACCUCUUACGUAGAAGCUUGAGGGGUGCUUCCUGACAAGGACUCUGCAGAAAUGGAAUCAUACAGGCAGGAAUGAAAAUAUAGACACUUGAUACCUUCCUUCUGUAUCACCCUUUUCCCAUUUAUUUGUUUUAUAGACUUUAUGUGUAUGAGUUUUGCUCAGACACAUCUGAAUUGUGUGUUCUGGAACUGAAGCGAUGGACAGUUGUGAGUCACUAUGUGAGUUCUCUGCAAGAACAGCAAGCGCUCUUAACUGAUGGGCCACCUCUCCACCCCUCCCUUAUUUUUUUUUCUCCUUUUUUGAGACAAGACUCUCACCAUGUAGCCUUGGAUGGCCUGGAGCUCAUAGAGAUCCACCUGCCUCUGCUUUCUGAGUGCUGAGAUUAAACGUGGGUGCCACCCUCACACAUGCAUGCGCGUGCACAUGCUGGGAGAAGGAGAAGACUGAGGACUCUUUGUUGCACACUGAAUAAACCUUUCUGCUUCUGUUUGGUCUGCUGAGGACAGGAGGCUGAGAUCUAUUGGGGCUGCCAGCCCCCAGGCUCUCACCUGACAGCCCUAGUAACAAAAACACUGUUGAUGAACUUUAAAUGCCCCGCCCUCCCCCACACCUUUGGUGUUCCUACUGUUUGGGCCAAUGUUAAGGGGAAAAGCAAGCACUGUUGCGAGUCAGUGAAGGAAGAAACCAUGAGAACAGUUUUUGAAACUAAGUUUGACUUUUUACUCUCUCUGAAACAUUUUCUUUAAUGUUCAAAAGCCAGUGUAGCCUGGUCAAGACAAGGCAGGACAUGCUUUCCCCCAGCCUUCCCAGUUGCUGCUAUGUCCAGUGUCCAUGAGGGCAUUUAUCUGAAGAUUGUCAGACCUCAAACUGUCCUGAGGCCAGAGACAGUGGUCUGGGGCCAGCAGCCAAUAUGUGCAGUGCACAGAAUUGGUCUUGCUAGGGUUCUUGAUGUAACCACCAGGGGGCAGAGAAAUACCCAUAGUGGCCUGCAGGCACCAGUCAUCCUGGACUCCCUGCCACUCCCCUGAAUCCAAGGAGGUAUCAGAGGUUCCAGAAUAAAAAUGGAGUAAAUGGAGAGAGAGCACUUGGCCAGCUGUGCACCUUCAGGCCGGAUAAAGUGGUGUCCCCAGUGUCUUCAAGUGCACUUCAGUGGAUCAUUGAGGGUAUGUUUUAUCAGGACUUGGAGGCACAGGUGCCACCUUAGCACUAAGAAACUUCUAGACCAUUGAAGUGUAUGGGAAGUCAGUAACUGAGAAGAAAAGGGGAAAGUGUUCUGUAUUUAUACGAGACAUGCCAUCUAAUAUUCCUAGCACCUGUGAAAUCUGGAUCUAUGUCAUUUUUAUCAGUAUCUUUUGAGGUUAACCUGAGCCAAGGUCCAGAUGGUCUGGCAUAGAAAGCAUGUGUGUCAUUGUUUUGUUUGUUUGUGUGGAUUUUUAUUACCUUGAAAAUCAAAAUUGGAUGCUUUGUUAAGCAAAAUUGUUUUUUUCUUUACAAAUA